AUGGCCUCCAACCCUCCCUCUCAAUGCUGCGCCACUGGCUUCAAGCACGAAGGCACCCCUGUCGGCGAGCUCAAGACCAUUGACGGUGUCAACACCUACAUUGGUACUCCCAAGAACAACCGCAAGCCUGAUACGGCCAUCCUCUACCUGUCCGACAUCUUCGGCAUCUUCCCCAACAACCAGCUUCUUGUUGAUGAGUUCGCCAACAAUGGCUACCUGACUGUCCUCCCUGACCUAUUCGCCGGUGGUCAGAUCAGUGCCGAUGACAUGGAUAAGGGCCGUAUCAACAUUAUGGAGUGGCUCAAGGACUACCAGCCCGAGAAGGUCGACCCCAUUGUGGCCGCCACCAUUAAGUACAUGCGCGAGACCCUUGGCGUGAAGAGAAUCGCUGCUGUCGGCUACUGCUUCGGUGCCCGUUACGUCACUCGCUUCCUGAAGGUUGGCAAGAUCGACGUUGGUUACCACGCCCACCCCACCGGUACCACCCACGAGGAUCUCGCCGGUAUCGAGGGACCUCUGUCCAUCUCCGCUGCUGAGAUCGACUCGGCCUUCCCUGCCAAGCUCCGUCACGAGUCCGAGGAGAUCCUGGCUAAGACUGGCCAGGAGUGGCAAAUCAACUUGUUCAGUGGUGUUGUUCACGGCUUCGCCGUCCGCGCUGAUCUGAGCGACUCUAAGCAGAAGUGGGCUAAGGAGCAGGCUUUCUGCCAGGCUGUUACCUGGUUCAACCGCCAUCUAUAG